CAUCCGGUAUGGACACGCCCACUUCCCGGUCUGCCAAUAGGACAAAAGCUGAGAGUCACGCUCAGGGGCCUGACCUCACCUUGGCACACGUGCACACACGGACGUUGGAGAUGGCUAAAGUGGCUGAGAUAGUUGGCGACAAAGUGGGGGACAUGGUGGAGGGCAUACUGAAGAGAGCUCUAGGUGCCAAAGACACGGACAAAGACAAGGACAAAGGAGGCUUUGGCUCCUUUUUCGGAGGAGACAAGAAGAAAGACGACGACGACGACGACGACGACAAGGGAAGCUUCUUCUCCAAAAUCUUUGACAGAGACGACGACGACAAGAAGGCCAAGGCGUCGGGUUUCGACGGAUUGUUCAGCGAGCUAGACAGCCCAGGGGGAGGGGCAGGAGGCGGACCGGGCGGCACGGGAGGCGGAGCCGGCGGCUCGGGAGGGGGAGCCGGCGGCACGGGAGAUUUGUUUGGCGAUCUGCUGGAAGUUGCAGAAGAAGCAUCCGAAGGAAAGUAGAGCUGCAGGCGGGAAGUCGUCCCCUCCCUCGUGCCCGCCCGCCCGACGUCAGGCCGCCUUUCCUGCAAUCUUGCGCUCGUCCAUCCCUUCAGACUGUGCUACACUGAGCAACCUUAAAAGCACGUUUGAGUGUCCACGUCAUUGUUUUAGCCAGGCUUGAAACCACGAUAGAUAGUACAGACAAAAGCUAGCUUAGUAGAUAGCAGAAAGAAUAAAUAUCUUUACAAAAGCGCUUUGACUGUAAUCGUAUGGCUGACUAUGUGAACAUAUGGACGAGAGCUAGGUUUUGUUAAGAACCUCCCGAUUCGAUUCGGUUUCGAUUCUAUAGGUUGUGUUUUGAUUUGAUAUCUCUUUAAAUGCUUUGAUUUUGAUUCAGUAAGAAGCAGAAGUAUGCAAAUAAUUAGGUUGACAGUAUUUAAAGGUUUAUCUUCAUGCCUAUGUGAUCGAUCAUAUGGAAUGUCACAUCACAGUUUUGAGCAAUAAAGCAGAUUUUUUAUUUUUUUUGUGCUCUGUAUUAAAAUGUUGAGUAUAAAAGGAAAAAACAUGACAGUUUAAACAUUGAAAAAGUUAAAUGAGUGUGCAACUCAACAUUUCUUUCCUCUUCGAAAUUUUGAUGAAAAUUAAAAUGGAAAAAUCUG